CGUCUCAUUACAGCCUCUAGUUUGAGAUUUUUUCUCCAUUCACCAACCAAUUUUUUUCAUCUCCAUUAUUCCUUAUCCCCUUUCUUCAAAAGAAAAAGGAAAAAAAAUCUUUCUGGAACCAUUUUCCUGGAAAAUUGUUUCUGCUUCUGUUUCUGUAGCUGCAAUAAAAGACUAUAUCAAACUAACAGAGACAAUAUUCAGGUGGUUCUUGUUUAGCAUCAAGAUCUUUGUAGCUCAAUUUUUUGCUGGGAAAAAGGAUUAUUUCCUUGUUGAGAUAACAUGAAAGUUCUUGUUCUUGUCCUGAUUCAUAAUCCAGAAAGAUGAGGGAUGUUUUCAUUGCUAGUCCUAUCCUGGUACUGCAACAUUAAACGUGUGAUUUAAUAACUUAUAACAUUUGAUGUUGCUUAUUGACAGCCCACAAAAUCAUAGCUUUAAAAGUCAAUGUCUUUCCCACAUCCAUUGAGAGCCUUCUCAGUGGGGGCUCAAUCAUCCACACAUUUAGCAGAGAAAAUAGUAGAGGAUCCAGCAACCAAUAAAACGCCUCAGAGCAUGGUAACCUGCUUAUACCAGACGCAUAUGUCGGCAGCAUGUUGUAAUGUUAUAGUUUCAUGGUGCAGGAACCUUAUGAAUCAUUCUCUCAAUCUCAUCUUCAAUAACCCUGAAGGUGGUGACAUCUAUUACAGUUGCAAGAUUGACCUUAAACCAUGGCUUUUCUGGAGCAAAAAAGGGAGCAAGUCAUUUGAGCUCGAAGGAUGCCAUGUUGAUAUCCAUUGGGAUCUACGUUCUGCUAGAUUUUCUGGUAGCCCAGAGCCGUGCAGCGAUUAUUAUGUUGCUUUAGUUUCAGAUGGAGAGGUUGUAUUAUUGUUAGGAGAUUACAAGAAUAAGGCUUAUAAAAGAACAAAAGCAAGACCUGCUCUAGUGGAUCCCACCUUAUUUUACAAGAAGGAAAAUGUAUUUGCCAAGAAAUCAUUCUCUACCAGAGCUAAAUUCGACGAAAGGAAACAAGAACAUGACAUUGUUGUAGAGAGUUCAACUUCAGGACCUAAAGAACCUGAGAUGUGGAUUAGCAUAGAUGGAAUUGUGGUGAUUCAUGUUAAGAACUUGCAGUGGAAAUUCAGAGGGAACCAAACUGUGAUUCUGAAUAAGCAACAGGUGCAAGUUUUGUGGGAUGUUCAUGAUUGGUUGUUUAAUAGCCCUGGAGCAGGUCAUGGGGUGUUCGUAUUUAAACCAUGGGCACCUGAGACUGAUGAUGACAAAGAUUGCAACAGUGAUACCAGCGACGGGAGCAAGUAUUUUUCAACGACGAGUAAUACAUCAACACCAGAAUUCUGCCUUUUGCUCUAUGCAUGGAAGAUGGACUGAAGCUUAAAUUCUAUGCAUUUGGCAAUGGCUACAAAGAGAAUGAACUACUUGUGCAUAUAACCAUACUCACUUUCUAGUUGUAUCCUGUGUAGUUGCUUUACAGACCUUGACAUCAUUGACAUUUGGUCAGUUUAAUCAAUGAUUUUUCAGAAAUACAUGCAAUAGACGCAGAGACCAUAUCUUGUCUCCUCAAAGAAACUCUCUAAAUACCCUCCUUUGUGCAUAUCAGAAUUUUAUUUCUCUGAUACAUCUCAAAUGCAAGAAAACAAUUGCUUGACAUGAAUGCAAUUUUUCAAGAAAGCUAAAUCCCUGGACAAUAUAUUACGUUCAUGGGAAAUUCUUGCUGUGUUUGUGUCUUUGGUUUUAUA